GAUGAACUUUGUAAAGUAAUACAUGAGAAAGGGCCAACGGUUAAGAAAAAAUGAAUAAAAAAUGAUUUCUUAAUAUUGCAGUUCAUCAUGAGGGUGCGCUUCUUUUGACUUUAUUCGUAUAUUGCCUGUAGUCGCAUUUAUCACAAUGCAAUGUGCAAUGAAAAUCUGAAUCAGGAAAUAUUAUUAUACAAACUAAUUACGAGUAAUCAAAAGUUAAGAAUAGUAUUUGCAAUUCUUUCAACAUCCUUAUGUUAUUAUACUCAUGUUGUGGAGGCACGGGUGAUAACGUAUAAACACCAUAGACUUAUUCAUCAUCUAAUUGUUGAUAUAAUAGCCUUGUUAAUAUGUUAUUUUAGUGUUAGAAUCGAUAGAUACACCUUUUGGUGUACAAACCUUCCGUAGAGUCGUAUUCUUCAAGAUGAUUAUUAUAUCCUAUAGCCUUAUC